AAUAUAAGCCUAUAUCUAGAGGUUAUACAUUGCAAGCUGCCGGCAGGUGCGAAGACUCAAGUUUAUUGCUAGGAAAUGGCAAAGGUACCCGAGGUAAAUUUGUGCUCUGGCAACCGCGCUAUGCCAGUUGUUGGUAUGGGAACCAUGGCUAGUCCUCCUUGCACUCCGGAAAUUACAAAAACGGCAAUACUGGAAGCCAUCAAAGCCGGGUACCGGCACUUUGAUUCUGCUUUUGCAUAUGGAUCCGAGCAGCCUCUUGGGGAAGCAAUUGCUGAAGCUCUGCGUGUCGGUCUCGUUAAUUCUCGCGAAGAGCUCUUCAUUACUUCCAAGCUAUGGUGCAGCUUUGCGGAGCGGGAUCUUGUUGUUCCCGCCAUCAAAAUGAGUCUCCGGAAUCUUCAGUUGGACUACCUAGAUUUGUAUCUGAUACAUUGGCCAAUAAGAUUGAGCCCAAAGGCACGUACGUCCCCAGUACCACCAGAUUAUGUAUUUCCCAUUGACCUCACCUCCGUGUGGGAAGGCAUGGAAGAGUGCCAGAAGCUUGGUCUCACAAAGACCAUUGGUGUUAGUAAUUUCUCUACUAAGAAGCUGGAACAGAUCCUGUCGUUUGCUAAAAUCCCCCCUGCUGUCAAUCAAGUGGAGAUGAACCCAUUUUGGCAGCAGAAGAAACUGACAGAAUUUUGUAAGAGAAAGAGCAUCCAUGUUACUGCUUACUCCCCAAUGGGUGCAAAUGGAACAAAAUGGGGAGACAGCAGGAUCAUGGAGUGCGAAGUGUUGAAACAGAUCGCCAAUGCCAAAGGCAAAUCCACUGCUCAGAUAUCGUUGAGGUGGGUGUAUGAGCAAGGGGUGAGUUUGGUGGCCAAGAGCUUCAACAAGGAGAGGAUGAGAGAGAACCUCAAAAUAUUUGAGUGGUCAUUGACAGAGGAGGAGUCCAAGAGGAUCAGUGAGCUUCCACAGCACAAGGGAGUAUUGUUUGCGUCUAUAUUGGGACCCCAUGACCCGGUGCUGGAGGCUGAUGCUGAGCUAUGAUUACGCAUUCUACUGCGAAUUAUUCUUGUUAUACAUUACGUUGUUUUGAACCAUACAUUCACCAGGUGUAUAUAUUGACCAUUGGAGAAUUAAAAUAGAGGAUGCACUGGGUAUAUGGGGAUUAUAUGUAAAUGAAAUCUGGUUCUCUCGUUUUAAUGUGUGGAAUAGAUAAUAAACUAAUAAAUUAAUUACUCUAA